AUGGCGGUCUCCCAUCGUAGCACUUUCGUUGUUUUUGUUAGCAUACUUUUGCCGAUUGCAGCCUUGACAUUGGAUACAGCUGAUCGCCUCUCUCCCCGGACUCACAGUGUUGAUAUUUGUUCUACUUAUACCAUCCAGGCUGGAGAUUCCUGUUCUGGAAUCGCUCAAGCCCACGGAAUCACCGAAGCUAAUCUCCAGACUUACAAUGCAAGAAAUUGGGAUUGGCUCGGAUGUGGAAAUGUGACCCAGGGGUCCUUCAUCUGCGUUGGUCCUGGAGAGCCUCCGAUGCCCGUCGCCCUUCCAAAUGCUGUUUGUGGUCCUCAAGUGCCUGGAACCACUCGCCCCGACAGCUGGUCCGAUCUGGGGUCUCUGAACCCUUGCGCGGCAGGCGAAUGCUGCGCUUCUUGGGGUCAAUGUGGAACAGCUUCGAAGUACUGCGCUCACAGUACCGCAGUGGUAUCUGUGUCUUCUCCACCCAAUGUUCAAACCACCAUGACAUACCAUCGUACUACGGUAUCGGCCUCCACACGUUCAAAUGAAUCCAAGUUGAGUACGACGACCAAACCCACCACUAAGCCCACCACCAAAUCCACCACAGCCACAAAAAAGCCCACGACUACAACAAAAGAACCCAAAAGCACACAAACGAGCAAUGUACAACCGUGGGAGUUCACAGUUUACCAAAAGAAGGAUUGCACCGGUGAUUACUACGUGAUCCAAGGACACAACGUGGGACCCGCCAAAAAGUGCUUGGAAUUGAGUGAGAGAAAACACAACCUCAGCCCUAAUCUCAAGGACCCGGGGCUGUAUUGCAGAUAUUUCUACCAGGGUGGCGAGAGAUGGCUAAAUUGUGAUAAGGAUCUGUCUUGGGAUCCCAAAUCAUGGGUAGUCAAGAACGGUAUCUGCACAGUAUACAACAAAACGACGUGCGAUGCGUCCGACAAUAUGUUCCAGACUUAUUCCUCAACCCAUUGCCAGAACCGUGGAAAUUUUGAUCCAUCAUUUAUUUCAACGUCAUGCUAUGCUCCUAACCAUUAA